CAUUUCAUUUCACGUGUUUUGUGUUUAUAUUUUGGUUUGCCUAAAAAAACAAUUUAUUUAGAAGAAAUGGAGAGUAUAAGCACAGAAUUACCCUCUGAGGUAGUGGAUAAAUCUGUAGAGGUCAAGGAAAUUGCAGAGAAUGUAGAGGAAACUGCAGUUAAAAAUGGGGAAGAGGAACCAGAAAAAGCCGGCGAGGAAUACGCGUAUUUGGAGAGAAACGAAUUCACCUCCGAAAUAUUUAAAAUUGAAGUGAAAAACCUGGGAUACUUCGGUAUUGGGGAGUUCAAAAAGCUCUUGAGAAGCACCCUCAAAUUCGACGUGACCAAAAUCAAGGCUCCGACCCGAAAAGAGUUUGCUUUCGUUUGCUUUCGCAGUCAGGAGGAUCAACAGCGGGGUCUGGAGACCCUAAAUGGUUACAAGUGGAAGGGGAAGGUGCUAAAGGCCCAGGCGGCCAAGGCCUCCGCCGAUCCGCUGCAGAAAAGACGAGCUGCCGAGGAUCAGGAGUCGGAAAAGAAGCCCAAAAAGCAACGCACUGCCGUGGAAGCCACUUGUCCUCUGUCGCACAUUCCCUACGAGCAGCAACUCAAACAGAAAUCCGAGGAAAUGUCGGCCCUCCUGGCCAAAUACACCCAGGAACUGAGGCGCCUCAAUCCGCGGGCGAAACCGCAUCUGGAUAAGUUCAAGUUCCAGGAGGUUCUUCCCUCGCCCACCGUCGAUGGUUACAGAAACAAGAACGAGUUCACUGUGGGCAAGAACUCCGCCGGAGAAGUGGUUGUGGGCUUCAGGUUGGGCUGCUAUGCAGAUGGAUCUGUGGAGGUGGCCGAGGUCCAGGAUUUGCCACACCUACCGGAGCAAGCCAAGUGGGCUGCUCGCAGUUUCCAGGAGCUUGUGAGGAAGUCCAAGUUCCUGCCCUUCAACCCAGACGGAAAUCUGGGUCACUUCCGCCAGCUGAUGGUGCGGUGUUCCAGUGCCACUGGCGAACUAAUGCUGGUGGCGGGCGUUUAUUCCUCGAAUUUGAGUGAAGAAGAGCAAGUCCAACUCAAAGAAGAACUCAAGACAUUCUACGAAGUAACUGAAGAGGGUGGACUCAACAAAUGCACCUCCCUCUAUUACCAAGAUGUCAAACAUCGGGAGGCAGGACAGAUGAUUAACCCAGUGGAGCACAUUUCCGGAAGCACCCACAUCACCGAUACCAUUCAGGGCCAGCAGUUUCGAAUCAGCCCGCUGGCCUUUUUCCAAAUCAACACCGAAGGAGCCAAUGUGCUGUACCAAAAGGCCAUUGAUCUGGUGGCUCCCACAAAAGACACCACCAUGUUGGAUAUCUGCUGCGGCACUGGAACCAUUACUCUGGCCUUUGCCAAGCACUGCAAAAAAGUUAUGGGCGUGGAAAUUGUCCCGGAUGCGAUUAAGGAUGCCGAGUUCAAUGCGGAGGCGAAUGGCAUCAAGAACUGCAAGUUCUUCACCGGAAAUGCAGAUGACUUUAUCAAGAGCAUGGUGCGGGAAGCCCUCUACGAACAGGAAGUGGGUAAACCGCUGGAUCUCAUUGCAGUAGUCGAUCCUCCUAGAGCUGGAUUGCACCACCGAUCGAUAGCCGCGAUCCGCUCAGCGGAUGCCAUUAACCGUCUGGUCUACGUCUCCUGCAAUCCGCACAGUGCCAAGCGGAACUUCAUCGAGCUGGCCAGACCGGAGUCUAAGCAGUACAAGGGAGAACCGUUCUAUCCGAAGUCCGCCGUGGCCGUUGACAUGUUUCCCCACACGACGCACACCGAGCUGGUCAUUCUGUUCGAGCGUGAGCCCAAGACAAAGGCGGAUGAGAAGUCGCAGCCAGAGGAAGAAGCUACGGAGUCAAAGUCUGAGGCAACCGCAGAAGUCACCGCAGAAAUCACCGCAUCCGCGACGUGACGUGUUUGUUGCCGGGUCACUCGCUAUUCUCUCAGUCACCGAACACCCAGAUGCCUCAUUACCGCCUAUCUGGCGUCU